GCGCUAUUGGUUGACACAGAUGGUGGCUCCACUCAUUCAGCUUUUGCUGUCAGGCUAUUUCCCAACUGUGAGGGUAUAAGAGCAAGCAAUUAUAUAUACAGUAAUUUUUUUUAUUGUUCGUGUGUAAUAUAGAACAAAGUGGGUCAAAGUAGGUGGACGUGGAUUAAAUGUACUAUGCACUACAGGGGGAGGACGAUGAAUGUGUCGGCAGAGCUCUGUUUUCUAGCAUGUUUAAUUCUGACUGUAGGCUUGACUUUGGGUUUUGGGCCAAACCAAAACAUGGAAUUUACAUUUCUAUUACAAGCUGGCACUACAGAGUGUUUUUACCAAACCACCGCGAGGAAUGACAGUAUGGAAGUUGAAUACCAGGUAAUAGCUGGGUCAGGUCUGGAUGUUGGUUUUGCCCUCAUCUCCCCCAGCGGAUACCGACUGGUCUCUGACUUCAGGAGAUCUGAUGGCAUUCACAUGGUGGAUCCUACGGAGGAUGGAGACUACAAGUUGUGUUUUGACAACAGCUUCAGUAAACUGUCAGAGAAGAUGGUGUUCUUUGAGGUGAUCAUUAAUAGUCAGAGCAGCGCAGGCCAAGAUGAGUGGGCGGACAUAGCCAUGCCAGAGAGCAUGGUGGAUUACAAACUGGAGGAUAUCAGGGUGAGGAUGGACUCUGUGUACCGCCACCUGGAGAGGAGCCGUCAGACCCAGACUGUGCUGCGGGCCUUUGAGACGAGGGACCGCUACCUUCUGGAGGACAACCUGUGGCGGGUGUCCUUCUGGUCCUGCCUCAAUCUCCUUGUCAUGCUCACCGUUGCUGUCACUCAAAUCUACACCCUGCGACGCCUCUUUGAUGACACCAAGCAGAUCCGCACGUAAUCAUAGCAAACGGUUUCAUUAACUUCCAGCCAAUAGAGUGCAGAAUCUCCAUGUGCUGUUGUGCUCACACUUGAAAGUUUGACCCAAAACCCUUAAAGGGAGAGUAAGUUAUUCAGAUUUAGGAUUGUUGAUAUUUUAACUCAGCGUUGAAAUGCCUUCGGCUUUGCCUGGUCAUAUCACUUUCUUCUCUGUUCAUGCUCUUCAGACCUUUUCCUGUUUGGCUGUUUUUCGGCCAUCUCUCCUUCUUCACAGUGCCUGGAUUCCAGCACGUUCAAAUGUACCCCUGUGUAGAACUCUCUCUCCCACUGCCCCCCACCCACCAUCACUCCUGUGCACGAGCACUUACUGUUGAUGAUUGGCUGGAACACUGUUGUGGGGAAGGUCCACACCACUGUCUUUGUUUUCCAUUUACAGAGCCAGGGUUGUGUAGGAAAACUGGAUUUUGGAAAAUGGGAACCUAGCAACUCCGAGGAAAUAUUGGCUGAAUCUAUCAAAAAGUGUAUUGGAUUACAAUAACUUACUAUCCCUUUAAAGGUUCAGUGUGUACGUUUCAGUGGCAUCUAGUGGUGAGGGUUGCGAAUUGCAACUAGUGGCUCACGGUGGCUCGGUCCCAUUUCCCGAGUUGUGAAGUCGUUCUUCCGACUUCAGUGUGUGUUCAUGUGCUCUUAAGUUGGAAUGUGGAAUCAACAUGGACACUGCUCUGAAAUGUGCUAGAUUAGCAUUAUCACAGCAUAUAAACACGCAGACAUCUAGUUCACUCUACAUGGACAACAAACUGACCGUUAUAACGGUUACAAAUUACAUGUUUGCAAAAUCUGUACAUGCAAUAUGUGAUUUUGCACAAAGAAAAGUUCUGUUUACUUCUUUAUGUUCCAUGUACACUUUCUUUUUCUUUUUUGCAAUAAAGAUUUAAGGAGGGAAAAAAA